GCCGCGAAGCCGAGCUCUAAAUGCGGAUUGAAUUGGUUGCGCCACCACGGAUGCUUCGGAUAGAGAUCGAGCGGCAACGCGACGAGCUCGUGGAAGACAAGACAAGGGGAACGGACGAGCGAUCAAAGUAUUAUCCGACGCAUGCGCGAGACACUUGUUGAUUGCGGAGGCGUCGUGCUCGCGGCAAGUCACGUGCGCACUCCCGCAGAUUGACACGCGCGCUCGUGUCCGCGCGCACGAGCUCUGCUCGACGUCGUAGCCCGGCAGCCAACGCCAACGAGUCGCCAUGGACGUACUGCAGAGCCUGCCGGUGGACAAAUGGAGCUCGCUGCUGGAUCUCCUGAAACGCGAUUGGCCGGCGUACGCCUACUACCACAAUCACGUGAACAACUCAAUCAAGUGGAAGGCUAAAGAGCCUUCGGUGAAGAUCGAUUUCUACUGCCCGCACGGAACGACCGAUGCUGGCGUUUUCAUCAGCAUCGCGGGCGGUGCAAGGAUAAGCCUCGUCGUGUUUGCGUUUGACGAAUCCAAAGAUAUAUUGCAGGAAGUUCUACGCAAGACACGCCGUAUAAACUGGAGCGAAUCGUUGAUUUUCGCUUGCGUUCACGAAGGCAUCCUGGGCGUCUUGAAGAAUUUUUUAGAGACAGCAGGACGGAGUAAGGGCUGCGUCAGUUACAAGUCUCUCGAUAAUUAUUGCUACUUCCUAUCGAAGGAGCACUGCUCGAAGAUAAAAGUGAAAGUUCCAGAAGAGUGCGAAUUGAAACGAAUCGAUGAAACUUUCGUGCCACUGAUCCAUUCGCUUUGGCCUCAUCGAGACACUCGGCAUCCCGAGAAGACCCUUGGUUUUUUGACGGAAAUCGCGAGGCUCAACGGCGGCUACGGACUAUUCUCGAAACAAGAUCACUCUCUGCUCGCCUGGAUAUUCCAAUGUAGCAUCGGCGGUCUCGGAAUACUGCAAACGCUAGACGAGCACAAACGAAAGGGUUACGGCAAAUGCGUGGCGCAAGCUCAAGCCAAAUACUUGGCCGAGACGGAAGGCCUAGAUGUCACUUUGUUCGUCAUCCAAAGUAAUCUGCCGUCGCAGAGCUUAUUCGAAUCGAUGGGUUUCAAGCGAGUCGCUGCACCCGCUUGGGUUUACGCCAAUCCGUGACAAUAUAUAUUUUGUCGCAAGCUUUUUUUUAAUCGUGUUUUUCAACGAACAAGAAAACCGAGAUAUCAUCAGCUCGACUUCAUUCGUCGCUUAUCCUUAUCUGCGCGAAUGUGUAAUUACGUAGACAAACUUCCCACGAGCUUGCGCGUUCGACGGGAGGUCGCCUUUGCACCUGGAGCACAUAUACGACAGAUUUUUGUCGGACUAAUUGCGCACAUAUACACCGGAAGGUUUAUGACACCGACCUAAAGGCAAACUCUCAGAGGGGUGCGUCCAGUUUUUUUUUUGUCGUUUCAACCCUGUGUUUGUCGUAUCACGUUUAAAAAAGCAACAUUUGCCAACUGCGUUCGAUCAAGUCAAAUCUCACGUUAUUUGGAAUAGUCAUGCAGUCAAGGGAAUUGUUUUUAUUUUAAUUUCACGUGGCGCAAUUAAAAUCGCGCGGAAAGAAAAAUUACAGUUCGCAGCCCCUCGUAAUGAUAUUUACUUAGAUGACUUUUUGGUGAUGCGGGAAGCAAAUAGAUUAAGGAAAUAUGUUGCCGCAUCGCAAUCCGACGCUUUUCAUUAGUCAAGAUUAUAGGUUUGCUCUAACAGACAUUCCCUCGCGUGCGUGUUACUUCCGUCCACUUUGAUGAAACUCAACUGUGUUGGAUAAAUGCUGUAAAUUAGUCAAAUUCCGCGAAUGAAAAAAAAGGUAAAUAAAGCCGAAACUUGCGUAUACUCAAAUUUACGACCACGCAAGUGACGUUCGAAAUGAUCGCGUUUAAGAACCCGGCAAACAACCAUUAAUAACCAAAUCGAUAGAAAGCCACUCUUUCAAAAAAAUUACAGUAGCCGAAGAUAAAAAAAGACACGAUUCAUCGAUUCAAAUUGAAGCUUAACUCGACAACAGCUGGUCAAUAUAGCUGUCCUCGAAAAAAAAGUGAGCGAGAGAGAGAGAGAGAGAGGUAUCAUGGGCCAUUCGCGCGUAUGCAGGUGCGAGCUCCCGUUCCAAUUGACUCAUCGACGCGCGCCAGCGCAAGACGCGAGGCAUUCUCAUAUAGGCGCGCUAAAGGCCCCUUAUCUGGAUCUGUGCGAGAAGGGCGCGUACGCGCAAGCAUCUGUCUCGGCGUUGCGUGCCGACUUGGGAAAGCAGGCCGCGGAAGAGGGUUGCGCGUGCGACGGCAUCUGGUCGGAGAGAGAGAGAGAGAGAGAGAUUCGACCGAGUGAUAUUGCCCGCCACUGCCGCGCUGGUCAUUCGGUUCUCAUGCCGCCACGGCCACCUUGUCGCGUCUCAGGUCAUUUGUCCGAUUUCUCGACCGAAACUGUCCUGGGGGUUGCCGACGCUCUUCGGCGCGCCGUUUCACAGCUGCGGCAGCUCGGCUUUGAUUGAUAACGCUGCGGUGAGCAACGAUGCUGCCCCGGCGCUGUUCACAAUUUAUUUAUUUUUUCGAUUUCUUGCCCCUCCUCCUUACGUUGCCUUCCUCCUGGGCGUGCUCGCGCGCUCGUAAAUCAUCUCGUUUUCGAAUAGACGAGCGCGCUCGACAUCGAUUCCAAUUGCACGACGUAAGGUCGCGAUCGGCUCGCAGCUAUUGCGAGCGGGCGGCGCUUCGCUGUCGCUGCCGAGAAGAAGCAACAGCUGGGUCCCGCGUCGAGCGCUCGACUUCGCAGCCUCCGUCGACAAUUCGCGAAGCGAGCGUGCGCUGCCUCCGGCUCGUCCCCGCGCGGAAACCCCGACCGACCGAGAAAAACAACGAAGCUCAACGGCACGGUGGCCUCGCAGGCUUCGCUGCCCUAUCGGCGAAAAGCAAACAGCGCGCAGAGCGCAGGGCAAUUCACCGCCUGCCGAAGAUUAACGGGCCAAAGACAAACAGUUGCGCGAUGCGCUUUAAAUUUGGAGUACCCGCUGCUGCUAUCGCACGCUCUCGGCCUUUCUCCCUGGCGGUACGUGCGCGCGCGUAUACACGCGCGGAAGCCCAACAACGGUGAAGUGUGCGUACUGGAAGCGCCCGCCAGAAGGAGAGAGAGGGAAGGAAGGCCCCUUUUGUCGGCGACUUGCUUGAGGGAUUCGCGGCAGCCACCCCAAAAAGAGUCAAGCGUGAGAGCGCGCGCGCGCGCCAAUUUUCAAGGGGUCGCCUAUUCCUCUCGCGCGCGGAGACGUUCCCAUGAGACCUCGGAUCCGCGAUUUCACGCGCCAUUUUUCUUUCUCUUCCCGCGGACGGCGGGCUCGAGGCCUCGAUCGCUGAAAAUUAAUGCUAAAGGAUUGUUCCAGCUCGCGUCGAUCUGUUGUGACUGGUACUCGUGCCGUUCGUUCUCGCUUUUCCGUUGCCACCUCGUCGCCCGUGUGUUUUAUGCGCGCGGCUAAGUAGAUGUCGGAUAACCCCUUUCAAAAUAAACGAUGAUCGCGUGUCACGGCGGGAAAAGCGCAAUGAUGAAUGUGCGCCGAUGAAUGUCGAUUCAGCGCGCCUAAAUAUUUUGAUUUCAAUUGCCUCGGCUUAACUCUCCGCGCGCACCGCGAGCGUCGACGCAUGGGCACUCGUGACGCGGGUGCGUCGAGGAGGCGCCGCAACCAACGAGAAAAUUGCGAACACGACCGCAACGCGUCGAAUCGAUCUCGUCGAUCGUGCGCGCAUAAAAGCCUCGAAAGCCGCACCGACGAGAAAUGCCAAAUGCGCGGACUCGCCGGAGAUAAAGCAAAUGGCACAUAUACACGUACACGCGUGCGUACGCGCGUGUGCACGUGUAUCUGCGCGCACACAGAAGUCGCGGCCGGCGCCACAUCCGGCCCAAUCGUUUGCUCGAACACGCCGCUCGGCCGUCAUUAUAUACAUAUGCAGAUUGGGCGCGAUGCGUGCGGCGAAAUUCUAAAGUCGUCUAGGUGGCAAAAACGAACUAAUUGGACGUGGGAACCGCAAAGAGCGAUUGUCCAAAAAGCGAUUUAUCUUUUUCCGCCUCUUAUCUUCAAUGCUGCAUUCUUACAUGCGAUGUGCGCGCGAGCGCGCGAGCGCGCGCGCGGCGCGCGUGUGUGUUGUAGAUUGGCCCACAUUUUUUUCCUUCACUUCUCACAGAGAUUCGCCUGAACAAAGAUUUUUUUUUCUCCUCCUCUUCUCCACCGAAAAUACGACGCUUGGGAAGAUGCUGGCUUGCAGCGCCAAACAAGCGUGUGAGCGUUUCAAAGGUUGCUUUCAAGUUUUGAUUGUUUUCUACAGGUUUGUUUAUUUUUCUACUGCUAAUAUAUUUUUUUUUCAUAUUCAUUUGCGAGACUCGACGUUCAUUUUAUAAACAUUUCAUCAAUUAUUGCGUACACGUUAUUUGUCCGAGCAAACUUACAUUCCAGCCUUUACAAUUUCAACUCUAAUAUAAGAAAACUCAUUUAUUAUUUGUGGUUAUAAGAACAGGAAAAUAAUUUAUUAAUUAUAAUUUAUUUAUCUUGGAAAAUCAGACUAUUUCGUUCUUUACAAAACCGAUUUCAUUAAAAGCUAAUUAUGAAUCCCACUUAAACAAAAAUUGUAUAAAGCUCCAACAUAAUAGCAAU